UAUUUACAUUGAUUUAUUAACACAUUUUAAAUAUAAUAUAUGAAAACCCGACAGGAGUUCAUUGGAAUAUUUAGCAAUUAUCAUUUCUAAUUUAUUUGAAAUGGAUGAUGAAGGUUAUGAUAAUAGAUCCGAAAUCGGAAAACUAAUCAAUAAGUUGGAAAAAUUACGUAAAAAACCUCAAUUAGAUAACGAACUAAGUUCAGCUUUAGACAUCUUCAGGGACAAAGUUACUCGCCAAAAGGCCUACCUAAUCAAUGGAAUAUUUAAUAUCAAUUUCGCUGAAGCAGCACUUUUCAUACAGAGCUGUGCAGAAUUAUAUUCCAAAAAAAUUGACCUACUUUGGGACCAGUUCCUAGAACUCCACACUAGGUUGAUACAGUAUGAUUGUGAUCAUCAGAAAAAGACGUAA